UUGUCUCAGGUCAUCCUCAGGGACACAGCAGGAGGUGGGCACUGAGGACACUCCGGGCAGGAUCAUUCCUGGGAGCCUCCAUGAUGUGGGAACUGCGCUCCAUCGCUUUCACUCGGGCUGUCCUGGCGGAAUUCCUGGCCACGUUGGUCUUCGUCCUCUUCGGCCUCGGCUCUGCCCUGAACUGGCCCUCGGCACCGGCCCCGAGCACCCUGCAGAUCGCGCUGGCCUUUGGCUUGGCCAUUGGGACCCUGGUGCAGUCUCUGGGCCACGUGAGCGGUGCCCACAUCAACCCUGCCGUGACCCUGGGCUGUCUGCUGGGCUCGCAGCUCUCCCUGCUCCGUGCCCUCUUCUACGUGGUGGCCCAGCUGCUGGGCGGGGUGGUGGGCGCUGCCAUCCUGCACGAGAUCACCCCGGCCAGCUCCCGCCAGGGCCUGGCCCUCAACAAGCUGCACAAUGAGACCACAACAGGGCAGGCGGUGACAGUGGAGCUGUUCCUCACCUUCCAGCUGGUCCUGUGCGUCUUUGCUUCCACAGACGAGCGGCGUGAGGACAACCUGGGCUCCCCUGCCCUCUCCAUUGGCCUCUCCGUGGCCGUGGGCCACCUUCUUGGGAUCCGUUACACCGGCUGCUCCAUGAAUCCCGCCAGGUCCUUCGCUCCCGCUGUCGUCGUCGGAGACUUCAGCGACCACUGGGUGUUCUGGGUGGGCCCCCUGAUUGGGGCUGCAGCAGCUUCAAUCCUCUACAACUAUGUCCUGUUCCCACAGGCCAAAACCUUCUCAGAGCGCUUGGCCAUCCUCAAGGGCUGCGAGCCUGAGCCGGACUGGGCCGAGCGCGAGGUCCGGCGGCGCCAGUCCGUGGAGCUCCACUCCCCCCAGACCCUGCCCAGGGGGAUGUCUGAGAAGGUGUAGCCCACCCUCUCCCUGGGCCAAGAGAGGAGCUGGAAACCUCUGGCAUGGUUUUAGUGCUCAUGCAGAGGAACGUCUCACCUCUCCCCUCUCUCCCUUCAUUUCUCCUGGGGCACUGAAGUUGACUCCUCUCCUAGGGAGAUGCUGUGCUGGUCCCACCCAUCUCUUGUUCCCAGCUCUCCCCAUGCCCGGGUGGUUUCUGAUCUGGGGAAGAGCCGGUAAAUCCCAACCCCACAGGAACAAGGGAUCUCCCCAGGAUGCCCUCUUCCAUGUCCCCCUCGCAGGACACAGAGCUUGGCUGAGGCUGUUCCCUCACGGAGAGCUCCGAGGAGCCUGAAGAGUGUUCAUUACCCUGGGUGUGGAGGUUGCCACCCGAUGCCUCAUUGCUCACUCUGCUCCCGUCUCCGCUCCCCGCUCAGCUCUUGGCUCACACGCAGGAGCAGGAGCAGGAGCAGGAGCAGGAGCAGGAGCAGGAGCAGGAGCAGGAGCAGAAGCAGGAGCAGGAGCAGGAGCAGGAGCAGGAGCGCUCACUCUGAGCCAUGAGCGUCACACAUGACAGGUUCUGCUGUGAAAGGGACCAAAGUGCCACUUUCCACCUGCCACAGGACACAGAGGUGCUUCCACAGGGGCUUUCCUGGGAAGAUGGGACUGGGAGCAUGGCCAUGAGUCCCUACAGGCCCCACUGGGGCACUUGUAAAUUCCCUGCCCUGUGAAAUGACAAACCCGGGUUACAGCCCAAACUCAUACCCACCUUAUUAUUGGGCCAGGGUUGUCCUUCUCUCCCCCUGGUUUUCCCUUCUUUCGUCUGGUCCUGUUAACCCUCGGACACUCAGAUCUCCUGGAACACACAAAGGAAAGAUUUCACACCCAACAUGUUUCAGGUGUGAAGAAUCAGAAUCAUGGAAUGGGUGGGAUGGGAAGGGACCUUAAACCUCACCCAUCCCACCCCUGCCAUGG